AUGUGUUUUAAAGUUCAAGUUGUCUUUGUGCUUUGCCUCAUUGGUGUGUCAAUGGCGGCCAUUUCUACAACAGGCGAAUCCAAUGAGAUUAAAGGUCUCGACGCAAAAUUCAUGCUAAAUUCAUUGGCGUCGAAUAUCAUGUCGCGAGGAUAUGCAACCACAGCUAAUGGCGGCUCACAAGUCGUUUCAUUAAACCUAACCAAUCUUUUGGUGCUGGUUCUAUUAAAAGCAUUGAUUUUCGCUGCUGGUAGCUUAGGUGCUGGUACUUGGAAAGGUGGAUAUGGAAGAUCAGCUGAUGGUCAAGAAGAAUUACUAACAGAAGAUGAAAUACUUAUGUAUUUAAGUUAUCUUACUGGCUCACCAGGUAAUAAUGCUUGUUUACAAAACGUUGCGUGUCGUCAACCUAACCAAGCUUCACGCUACACCACAGCCGGGGAAAUGUUACUAAAAGCAGGUAAAAUGUUACAACCAGGAUCAACGGAAGAUUAUGAAUAUACAUUACGAGAGGUAAAGGAAGCAGUUGAUUUUGGUAAUACAGGAGGCGAUUGUGGCGCGCGAUACUUCUGCGGCGAUAAGAAAGCGAAGAAAUAA